GAUCAUUGGUUUAUGCACGUAUUCAACAAAUUAUUCGACACGUACGAAAACGAUCGACAACCCAAGAUAAAUCUGUUGCGGAAGCAAUGUGGAAAUAUACAAACUAGAGCAAAAAGUAUAAAUGGGCAUCAAAAACAUUGCUCUUGAUUGAAGUACUGUUUUGAAAAAAUACGGCCACAAUGAAUGCGCUUUUCAAAAUUGCGUUUUGCACCAUGAUAGUAACUGCCGUGAUGUUCAUAACUCCAACAUCCGCAGGCUCAUGCUUUGGUCUGUGCAUGGUGAUGCCAACAGUUAUGGAUUACAGGUAUCCAGUUGGCUGUUACUGCCAUGCAACAUGCGGAGGGAGAUUACCCUGCUGUUUUGAUAAAAUACAAAUGUGCGAUAACUCAUGCCUAAAACCAAAGAAAGUUCGCCGGGCUUCUGUGGUUGGAAUUGAUAGCCUAUCCUAUAAGAAGGGACAAUCUAUCAAAUACGAAUGCGAUAAUUACUACAAAAUUUCUGGAUCCGAUACAAGAACUUGUUUAGGAAACAACAUUUGGACUCGUGCUCCUACAUGUAAAUUUGAUUAUGCUGCUAAUCGACGACAGAGAAAGAUGUAACUGCAACAAAGUACUUCAAUUACAACAGAACAACGAUGAUGAUUAGGAAACGAUCAAACUAUGAAUAUUGGACGAAACUAAGAACUGGCCAAAUGAACUAUUUACCGAAUACUAUAUAUAUAAUGUAUUCCGAGGUGAAAAUAAAACAAACUGACAAUUAAUAGUAUUAACGAUGGAUCACAAUGAACUAUUUAAAAGCGACGAACUGUGAUGUAAUAAAAAUCGCGCGUUAUUGCUGAUUGCAAUAAAACGGAAACGAGAAAUUAUCGACAAAUGUUUAGAAAGGGACGUUAUUAAUUAUCAUGUUGUUUUAUUUUACAUUUGUGUACAGGUUUUGUUUUUCUGGAACAAUCUCCUUCUAUUCUUUGAGGUAAAUCUUUCUCUAUAUUCUAUGGCGUUCAAAAAAUUAGGCUUCCAAUUAUUAUGAAAUCAUUGAAAAUAAGACUUUUAAUGUUUAUUGGGUUGUGCAACGAAAAUAAGUGUUAAACUUUAAAUGAAUUUUACGGAAUUGAAUGAUAAUUAAAAUUGACGCAUAUUACAAACCUCAAACGAAUAGAUUUCAGACCACUAAUACACUUUUAGGAAGAUGAUUCGGACGAAUCACACUUUGUGCUCGCAAAUAUAUUCGUUAAAUACGAAUUAAUCGUUAGAUACGAAUAUAUUUAAUCAAAUACAAAGCAAAGCGCUCUCUUUUUUUAAAGCUCACAAGGGAACAAGCGAACAUAAAAGUUAUUGGGUGUUAUGAAGUAUGUUAGAUUGAAAAAUUGUUUCAGCUGUCAAUAGAAAAUUUCAAAAUAAGAAUACGCCUAUUGUUUUCUUAAUUCUACCUAACUCUCCCUCUUCCUUCUAUUUUCAAGUCCCAUAUUUUUAAUUGUACCACAUAUAAUCUUGUUCAAUCGUAACGAUUAUUUUUAGCAUUGCAUAUAGUUUUUUGUUUGUAUAUUCCAUAUACAUAGCCGCGAUGUAAUCUUGUUAUUUUAGUAAGAUUUUACUGUUAUUUUCAAAAUUAUUAAUAUGAAUCGUCGUAAAUCCAGUCAAGUCAGAUUUCUUAAAAUUAUAAACCGUCAUAACCAUCAUAAUCUAUCUUUGUUCCAUACUUGAUUAGUAGAUUUUCAUCUAUUGGUAAUUAGUAUAUAAGUUACUCAAUAUCACUGAUUUUUAUUCUUUCGGAUCCGACUGGAUCAUUCUAUUGUAUUGCGAUUGUAUAGUUGUACUGUAUCGUAAGCUGAUAAUAAAGACAUAGCCUCGUUAA